UGCCUUUCCACCGACCCCAACCGCCUGCAAACACCUUGGAAUAACAGCAUUCCACUAGAAAACUGUGAGAGGAAGUCCACUGAACAACAGCAAGGGUGUUUUAUUUCCAGCCCCUGUGACAGCUCAGGAUUAAAUGGAUUUUCAUUGUUCUUUCCCCACUGCAAUUUGGACACGAUGCCAGUGUAAGUGCGCCCGGGGUUUUAUUUGGUGCCGCCCCCCCGUCUGCGAGGCUGGUAUUCUCCCACUAGCUGCCUGCUCUAAAUAUGGCCAUGGCCAGUGUGUCAAUAAUCCCCCUCUUUAAGGGACUUGCAAACAUUAGUGUUGGGACAUUCUUGCUGUUCAGAUGUCUAGCUGACGUCUGAUGCUUAAAACGGAGCAUGCUUUCAUCCCUUCAUGCAUUGUCGUAAGGCCCCGAUGAUUACUCUUAAAAGGGUGCCUCUGGCUAUGCAGGGAAACAGUUGCUGACCACACCAGACACUGCUUGCUUGCUUCAGCCUUCUUGAAUGCCUGGUCACCGUAGCUUUGUACCAGCCUGACCAAGCAGGACCAUGUCUACCUUUGGGUACAGAAGAGAGCUCAGUAAAUAUGAGGACAUUGAUGAAGAUGAGCUCCUCGCUUCUCUCACGGAAGAGGAGCUGAAGGAGCUGGAGCGGGAGCUAGAGGACAUAGAGCCCGACCGUAACCUUCCAGUGGGACAACGGCAGAAGAGCCUGACGGAGAAAACACCAACAGGGACUUUCAGCAGGGAAGCACUGAUGGCCUACUGGGAGAGGGAGACCAAGAAACUCCUAGAAAAAGAGAGGCUGGGUGCGUGCGAGAAGGAUUCUGAGCAAGAAGAGGACAAUUCAGAAGAACUUCAAGAAGAAUGUUUCACAGAAAGCAAUAGUGAAGUGUCUGAGGAGGCAUAUACAGAAGAGGAUGAUGAAGAAGAAGAAGAUGAAGAGGAAGAUGAAGAUGAGAGUGAUGAUGAGAAUGAGGAAGAGCAAAAUGCUGCAGCUGGCAGGCGUUCUGACCACAUCAGACACAAAAAGUGUAAUGGUGCAAAGGACAAUGAAAGCUUCCUCAAUGGCCAUGAUGGAAAAGACAGUGAUAAUCGGAGCUCAAAAAGCAGUGCCAUCCACCCUUGUGGAAAUCCAACAGUUAUUGAAGAUGCUUUGGAAAAAGUUAGGAGCAACGACCCUGACACCACAGAGGUCAAUCUGAAUAACAUUGAAAACAUCACUUCACAGAUGCUUAUACAAUUUUCUCAAGCCCUGAGGGACAACACAGUGGUUAAGUCAUUCAGCUUGGCUAACACCCAUGCUGAUGACAACGUAGCAAUUGCUAUUGCUGGUAUGUUAAAGGUUAAUCAGCAUAUAACUAGUCUGAAUAUUGAGUCAAAUUUUAUCACAGGCAAAGGCGUGCUGGCCAUCAUGAGAGCUUUGCAGCAUAACAAGGUUCUAACAGAACUGCGCUUCCACAAUCAAAGGCACAUCAUGGGCAGCCAGGUGGAAAUGGACAUAGUCAAACUGUUGAAAGAGAACACCACUCUGGUAAAGCUGGGGUACCACUUUGACCUUGCUGGCCCAAGAAUGAGCAUGACAAGUAUCCUGACAAGAAAUAUGGAUAAACAAAGGCAAAAGCGUAUGCAGGAGCAGCGGCAACAAGAGUCAGGUUGUGAGGGAGCUAUCAAUCCAAAGACCAAAGUUUUGCAGAAGGGGACACCUCGCUCCUCACCUUAUGUGUCGCCUAAAAGCUCACCAUGGUCUUCCCCAAAGCUCCCUAAGAAGCCAGUGAAAUGUCAGCCUUCAGCACCUGCACCCCCACCUCCCCUUCCCCCCUCGCCGCCACCUCCCCCUCCUCCUCCCCCUCCUCCGCUUAUUCCAGAGAAGAAGGCGCCUACAAGGAAUAUAGCUGAAGUCAUCAAACAGCAAGAAAGCGCAAAAAAAGCCUUACAUAAUGGACAGAAAAAGAAAAAAGGCAAAAAAAGCAGAAAACAUGAGAACAGCAUAUUGAAAGAAAUUAAAGAUUCUUUAAAAUCAGUCUCAGACAGAAAAUCAGAGGAAGGUUCACGGCCCUCCACCCGGCCAUCCACCCCACAAAGGUCUCUCCAUGACAACCUUAUGGAAGCAAUUCGGGCAAGCAGCAUAAAGCAAUUAAGGCGGGUGGAGGUACCAGAAGCCCUUCGGUGAAAGCCUGGGUGGCAGAAGAAGCAGAGCAGUGGCUGAGGGGAGGCUGCUUGUCCUUUCACUGGUGGUAACAUAGACUGUCUAGAAAGCUGCUUCCAAAGUACACUCUUAGAUUCAAGCCAUUUCUCUUUUAUUUCAAAGAAAUAAACCUGCUAAAUACAAAAUAAUGCUUUAGGAUCCAUUUGCAUUGUAAUCUGUAAAUAUGGAAAUAAUUUUCUUUUUUAUUUAAUGAGAUUUAUAUUGAAAAGUUGUUGCUUAUUUAGAUAUUCUUGUCAAUAUCUGAUUGCACAUAACUGGACAAGUUCUUUACACUGAGAUGUAAUAGUUUACCAGCCUGUGGUUUCUUCUUUUUUUUUUCCAUGAAUUUACAAUAAAUGUGGUUUGAAGCUUUCAAGCAGA